GCUCUCGUCGAGUGGCGCUGGGCCAUCAAAACCGCCAGCCACGCCGAGUUCGAGCUCUCCGAGGGCGCCUGCCAGGUCGACCGCCCAGAGGACUGGGAUCAGGGCCCCGGCCAGGUUGCGGUCCGGCCGACAACGCGCGCGGCCGACGAGCCCCCGCUGUCGGUGAAAGCGGCCAGAGACAAGCGCGGACAGCCCGCGGCCACUCUACAGGCCAUCGUCGCGGCAGCAGUUCGUCGUUGGAAUAAGGAACAGCACCCGCGGCUGGAGCUGCGCCAGAUCGGCGGCUACUUUUUGCGAG